AGCCAUAUUGGAAAUUUUUAGUGAUUCGGAAAUUAUCGUCUGCAAUGGAGUCAUAUUUUUGCUUAUCAAAAUUUGAUCAUAUUUUUGUUGAGAAUACGCCAAAAUUAUGUCAUUUGUCUAUCGUUUCUCAAUCCGGUCGCGGUCAAUGCAGAAAAACCUCGGUCGUUUGACAAUAUUCGCUUGAGAAUAUUAUUGUUGUUGUAUUCACUGUCGACCCUGGAGACAUCUUGUGAUAAAAAACCAUUAUUGCGGCAAGUUACUUGGCUGUCUGAUUUUGUCUUCACGUGAAACGAGUAACAAAAUUAGAUUGGUGCUAUUUAGGAUCCGCAAUCAUGGAUGUGUCGUGGGACGCGGAUAAUUUUGAGCCUAAACUACCGACCACGUUGACUACUUCGAAUAAAUGGGAAGGCGAAGAUGAGGAAGAGAUUGUGAAGGAAAGUUGGGAAGACGAAGAAGAAGAAAAGAAAGAUGAGGAAAAAACUGAAGUCCAGGCACCGCCUCCACCGAAACCGAAAAAGAGAAUUCAGGAUAAAAUAGCCGAAAAAGAGCGUUUAGAACGUGAGAAGGCUGACCGUCUGUCCGCUGAGAAGGUAGAAGAACUGACUCCUGAACAAAAACUAGCUGAAAAACUGAGGGCUCAGAAACUCCAGGAGGAGUCAGACUUAAGGCUCGCCAUGGAGACCUUUGGUGUAACAGAGGCGAACAUAGGCAAAAUUGAUGGCUUCCAACCUACCACAAAGGCUGAAUUCACAGAGUUUGCUGAUAUGCUCACCAAGAAAAUAUGCUUGUACAAAGCCAGGGAGGAAUUCCCCACAUUCAUUGAUGAGUUCAUCAGGAAUAUUGUUGUUCAAUUACCAUCUGCAGAUAUAAAGAGGAUAAAGAUGUCUGUGGACAACCUUUAUAUUGAGAAGCAGAAAUCUGAGAAAAUGGACAAGUCCAAGAAGCCAACGAAGGGCAAAGGAAAGGCUAAAUUAAAAGUUGAAGGUGAUAAUGCUCAUCUCAAUCAAUACGACAGUUACGGUAAUUUCGACGAUGACUACGACGACUUUAUGUAAAACAUCACACUGCUCGAUUUAAGUCGGUACCUGAUGGCAAACACUAUCUGUUGUCUCUCUUCUCUCUCACACACCAUAUUGUGUCUUAUCCUCCUUCCAUAAAGCUGAUUGUUGCUUGAAAACUAUUAUCGCACGCCGUGCAAAAUGCACCGUCUUGAAUAUUAUUAAUUUAUUUGUUUGAUUAUUUACUCUGUGUAUCAUAAAAGGUAUUUUUAUAUGAAAUUGUAGUCUAUAUUAGUUGACAAGCAAUAAUCGAGCUUAACUUAAUUGAAAUACAUAUUAAUAUGUAUCAAUGAACGAUCAAAAUUCGUAUGAAACAAUAACUUUUUAGUUUUGUUAAGUUAAUUAUUGGUAUUUAUAAUAUUUAAAUUAUUAUGUACUUGCUAUUCUGUUCUUGCUUUGUUUAAGCGUUUGGCAUCAGGUACCCAGGCACGUUACAUUAAUAAAGAUAAUGGAGAAAGAGAAAGAAACAUAUUUUCACAAAAAAAAUAUAAUAAAACAUGUCGAGUUCAUGGGAAACACAUCAUUAAGUCAUUAGAAUAAGAUUCAGUACAACAUUUUAUUUAUCUAACGUAAAAGAGACGCCAUGAUUCAUAUAAUGUUUUAUGCCAUACACCAUGCAAUGCUUCCAUUAAUUUUUUGAUAUAUUUUUAACUUAAUUUAGUGAACAAACAUGUUGUGUCUUGUGCAAGAGUCGAAUGGAUAUAAUAUUUUAUGCUCAACAAAAUGAAACUCGGUAGAAUAAGAGAGUCGAUAUAUUUUUUCAUACAUGUAGAACAUUACUGGGUUAGUGUAACGUGCCUUCGCCAUGUAUAGCCUAUAUACAUAAUAUUAUACAAUGUAAUAUACAGUCGUUUCAUUCUAUGGUUAUGGCCCGAUGUUAUGUUAUAUAGAUAUUAAAUUUUUUAUUGUGAUAA